UUGAGAUAAAUUCGUUUAGAUAGGUACUUAGCAAGAUGCGAAGUCAAAAACAACUGGCGAUUUUGGUUCUAGUAGUAUAUAUUAGCUCUGGCUCUGGUUUCAAUACACGUACUAGGUCCAGUGAACCCGAUUUCAGACCAGCGGAAGAAAUCGAGGACAAAAUUGUGAAUGGAGUUGUGAGUGAGGCUCACGCAUACCCAUGGAUGGUGAAUAUUUUGCUGUACGGGAACUUCCAUCUAUGUGGAGGGUCCCUUUACAACAGCAUGUAUGUAAUAUCUGCAGCCCACUGUUUCCCCAAGGACUUCGACCUCUUCAGCUACUCGAUGGUUCUGGGAGACUACAAUCAACAGCAAACAGAAACUGGACAAGUGACCCGCAAAAUCAAAUCCAUCAGGACUCAUCCCGACUUCAACCAGAAGACGAUGAACAACGACCUGGUGAUAGUGGAGAUGAGCGAGGCAGUGGACUACUCGGACAGCAUCAGGCCCAUCGGGAUGACCUUCUUCCCCGUCAUGGCGGGGGAGACUCUCACAGUGAUGGGGUGGGGGGCAUCGGAGGGGACUAUGGACGAGGACAUUCUGAAUGAGGCAUCCGUUCCCGUCAUCGACAGGGAAGUGUGCAACCAGACAGAUUGGUACGACGGAAAAAUAACUGAGAACAUGAUUUGUGCAGGGUUCGCUGCGGGCGAGACUGACAGUUGUCAGGGCGACUCAGGGGGCCCCCUGGUGAGACAUGUGAUGGGGGGACAGUGCCUGUUGCAAGGGGUGGUGUCGUGGGGGAAGGGGUGUGCCGACCCCCGACAGCCGGGAGUGUACACUAACUUGAUCAACUAUGUCGACUGGAUCCACGAAAACACACACUAGAAAAGAGAGAGAGACACUUAAUUGUUGGAGCAAACAGAAAAGAAAAGAACUUCCAACACGAAAAUUAUCAAUUCAAAAAUCUCACAACUAACUUUUCCAACACGAUAGAACGCGGCAGUAAGCUUGACAAAUUCUGACAAAGUAAACUAAAGCUUGAUUUCUAGUCAGACAGACAAAGCCGUUCAGCGCAUCUUUUGCAAAACAGAAAAAGAAACUACUGCUAAAUGUUAGAAAACUAGCAUACUCAACUUAUACUCAGCAUACUCAAUUUAUGGGUAGGCUGGCAAUAAUCCGCCGUAGAAAAAAAACUGUGCAAAUGAUAGCGACUUAGAU